AUGUCAAACUAUGUGAGGUAUGAUUAUGAUAAAGACACUGACAAGGUCUCAAAGUUCAAAGAAGAAGAUAUAAAUAAGGAAGAUGAACCGGUAAUGAUGAACAAGAAGACGUUUUUAGUUCCUACAGAGAAGGAGAUAGACGCAAGUGAUGGACAACCAUUGCUAAAGACAAAUCGAAUAGAAAAAGACUGGGAGGGGACUGUGGAAGAGGAAGAGGAGGACAUGAUGGGGGAAUAUGUGGAGGAGGGCGAAUGGGAAAUAGAAGAAGAGGAAGUAGUUGUGGAAGAGGAGAUGGUGGUUGGGACAAAGGAGUUGGAGGCGGUAGGGGAGGUGGAGGAAACAGAGGAGGAAGUUGGGAAGGAGGUGACCAAGGAGGAGUUGGUAGAAGAGGUGGAGAAGGAGAAAGAAGCAAUUAUGAUACAGGAAAAGAUAGAAGGAAUGGUGGAGGAAGAGGAGGAGGUGGUGAAGGGAGAGGGGGAAAUGGAGAAAGAAAUGGAGGAGGUGGUAGUUGAAGAAGAGAUGGAGGAUUUAGAGGAGGAGGAUGUUAAGUGAAUAGAGUGGGAGGAGGACGAGAUUGUAGAGGAAGAGGAGGAGGAGGAGGAGGAGGAGAUUGUAGAGGAAGAGGAGGAGGAGGAGGAGGAGAUUGUAGAGGAAGAGGAGGAGGAGGAGGAGGAGGAGGAGGAGAUUGUAGAGGAAGAGAAGGAGGAGGAGGAGGAGAUUGUAGAGGAAGAGGAGGAGGAGGAGGAGGAGGAGGAGGAGGAGGAGGAGAUUGUAGAGGAAGAGAAGGAGGAGGAGGAGGAGAUUGUAGAGGAAGAGAAGGAGGAGGAGGAGGAGGAGGAGGAGAUUGUAGAGGAAGAGAAGGAGGAGAUUGUAGAGAAACUGCAGAUGUAGAAGUAGUGGGAAUUGUAGUAGAUUAUCAAAAUGAGUUGGUAGAUGAGUUUAACAUGAACAUGGACGAUAUGAAUGAGGGUGAGGGUGGUAAGAGCACAAAUGUAAAGAUCACAGAAAAAUCAAACCCAGAAGAUAAUACAUUAAUGACAAAUGAAGUGUCAAAUCCUUGCCACAAUGAAGCUAUCAAUGACGUAAGGCCGGACACCAAGCAUCCUGGAGGAAGCUACGAAACAAGGACUUAGCCUUGAGUCUUGGAAAACGGCCCUCGAUAAGCAGAAGAGGCAGCAGACCGUCCAUGCCGUCCAUCAGUGAGUCUGUGGAUGAGGAGCACCUGAGCAACCAGGAAGAUCAGCCAGACACAGAGAGAGGAGCAUCAGCCUACAAGUACACUGCCCCU